GUUCACCCUAGACCCAGACAAAAAAUCAUGCCCUAACGUAAAUGCGGCUUCUUCUUCUUCCUUAAGCAGACGAAACUAAAGCUUCAUGGGCUUCUUUUUUUAUGGAGACGAGGGAUGACAAAAAAUUCCUACUUAUUGAUGAAGUUCAUCUGUUGAAUGAUCCUCGUGGAGCGGUUUUAGAGGCAAUAGUUAGUAGAAUAAAAAUGCUCUCUCACAACCCUGAAUUGAAAUCAAGGUCUCCGGCUCAUGUUCGUUUUGUUGCUGUGUCUGCCACCAUUCCAAAUAUUGAGGACCUUGGUUUGGAGAGGAAGUGAGGCCUGUGAAGUUGAGAACAAAAGUUUUUGGCUACAGCCCCAAAAAGAAAUGAAUUUCUAUUUGAAAAGCGCCCUCAAAACUGCAUUUUUCGAUAUCCUCAUGAAAUAUUCACGAGGGAAAUCUGCUCUGAUUUUCUGUUCAACUAGAAAAAGUGCACAAGAAGCAGCACAGAGACUCUCGCAGACAGUCACGUCCUUUGGCCAUUCAAAUCCUUCUAUUAAAAACAGAGAACAGCAAAAGAGGCUAAGGGAAGCUUCAUUAUCAUGCAGUGACAACCAAAUGCAAUCGUAUAUUCCUUAUGGUGUUGGUUAUCAGGAUGGUGGCCUUUCCAUUAAGGAUCGUAAUCUCAUUGAAAGUCUCUUUCUCAAGGAUGUGUGGGAAGGCAGGCCGGACCCCAUUUGAUGAUACAGGAAUGAUUAUAAUCAUGACAAGAAGAGAUACGGUUCACUUGUGCGAGAAUCUCAUGAAUGAAUGUGAGAUGGUGGAAUCACAAUUGCUUUAGUGUUUGAGGGAGCAUUUAACCGCAGAAAUAUCUCAAGUGACUGUCUCUGAUAUUCCAAGCGCAAUUGAAUGGAUGAAGUGCUCUUUCUUGUAUGUGAGAAUGAAGAAGGCAUGUAAUCACGGCACCCAUUUGAAAGGAUAUGUUUUAUA